AUGAAUGAAGUAUCAGUUUGUAGUCAUGAAGUUAGAAGUCUUUACUUUUCCAUUCUUAUAACUUCAUCUUCAUCAUCAUUUUCCUUGACAAUCAUUCAUCUGAAACCUUUUUCUCCAGCAAUUGAGCAAUUAAAAGUGAGACCAUCAAAAUCGUCAUGGAAUUUAAAGAACUUCAUCGUUUUGUUGUUGAAGGAGAAAUUUCCGGUGAUUCAAACAGAACAGCGAUAA